AUGUCGGAUGAAUCGUCGUCUAUUUGGUUGUUUACUGCCGAAGAAAUUAGUAAUAGUCCAAGUCGUUUGGCGGGGAUCAAAUCGGAAGAUGAGUUCAAUUAUCGGUACCUUGCAGCCCAGAUGAUUCAAGACAUUGGAGAGAAGUUGAGCGUGUUUCAGUUGUGCACGAACACGGCCAUUGUUUACAUGCAUAGAUUCUACAUGAAGCAGUCUUUUCAUAAAUUCAAGUACAAUACGAUGUCUGCUGCGUGUCUAUUCUUAGCUGCAAAAGUUGAAGAGCAGCCAAGGAAAAUAGAGCAUGUUGCGAAAGUUGUCUAUAACUUCACACACAAAGAUCAGAAGGUCCCGGACGCCAGAAGUCAGCAUGAGAUACAAGAUAUCAUGGAAGAGAUAUCGUGCGACGAACAGAUACUUUUGCAAACUCUCGGCUUCACGACGAUUGUCGAACAUCCACACACACAGAUCGUAACUACGUGCAGUCUUAUUAGAGCUUCCAAAGAAAUUUCACAUUCCUCGUACGUGUUUGCAACGACGAGUUUGUUGUUGACGACGAUGUGCCUACAAUACAAGUCCCCGGUCAUUUCGUGCGUCUGCAUCAAUGUUGCUUGCAAAUGGAGUGGCUACGAGGUGCCGAAAUCGGCAGAGGGGAGGUAUUGGUUUACGUAUGUUGAUCCAUCUAUGACCAUAGAAAGAUUGGAAGAACUCUCGAAGGAGCUGAGUACUGCCAUGGAGAGGAAUCCCUCUAAAUUGUUCAAAAUGAGGAAAUCGCUCAGUCAUCUGAAGGUUUGUUAUACUGUUCUAUGUUAUACUGUUCUAUGUUAUACUGUUCUAUGUUAUACUGUUCUAUGUUAUACUGUUUUUGGUAUAUUGUAA